CAGAUACAGUGCUGCUAAGGCCAAAGAAAGAUAAGAAAUGUAAAUGGAUGAAUGUACUGUUACUCCUACUGAGGAUGACAAUAGUAUUGUUCACCUUAAUAGCAGCACUUAUGAUGGGAUGCAACAAGCAAUCAAUAAGCAAGGCAGUGGCCGUAGUGGGAACCACUACUAUUUACCAAACUUACACAACAAAGUUUCAGCAAACUCCUGCUUUUGUGUUCUUUGUGAUAGCUAAUGCAAUAGUUGGUUUCUACAACUUGGUGGUGCUUAUUCUUAGGCCUUAUUUCAAUAAUUGGAAGGCCUUUCAUGUUGCAGUGAACCUCAUGGACUUGGCUAUGUUUGCUCUGUUGGCGACUGGCGCAGCUGCUGCUACUUCCAUAGCAGAGCUCGGCAAAGAUGGCAAUUUGAACGCAAGAUGGAGUCCAAUUUGCAGCCAUUUUGGCCAGUUCUGCAUCCAUGGCGGUCUGGCCAUUCUUUCCUCCUUCAUUGGCGCUUUGCUGCUUAUGAUCCUUAAUGCUCUUUCAGUUUUCACUUUGUACAGUAAAGUUUCAGAUUAGGAUCAGUUAGAUCCAUUUAAUCUUUAUUAAUUGCCUUUAUUCUUGUUUCUUAUGUCUAAGUUGUGCUAUAUGUUUGUAUCCACUUUAGCUUCAUUUGGUACAACUUUCUUCCUGCUUUUUAAAGUAGAUUUUUAGUACAAAAAAAUUUUAAAUUAGAAUUUUUUGUACUAAAAAAACUAUUUUAGGGAGCGGAAAAAAGC